AUGCCCAAAAAGUAUAGGAGGAAUUCAGUUGGUGAUUACAAUUAUAUCUAUUUUAAAACAGAUGUACUUAGUUUUGUAAAUGUCUGGACAGAGUUUCAAAAAAUGUCUAUGGAAUACUAUGAGCUUGAUUUCAGUCACUAUGUUUCUGCCCUAUCACAAUCCUGGGAUGCUCAACUUAAAAUGACAGAAUGA